UACCUCACACAGUACCCAGUACCUACGCAGUCACCAGGCAUGAGGUAGCAUACAUGGGCUUUAUUUCCCUCUCAGCAGUGCUUCAUGACAGAUCUUUGCAGUGAAAUAUAAGGAAGAGGAAAAAACAAGGAUUUUGGUGUGAUGUUCAGUGUCCAACAUUAUCAACGUUGAUAUCCAUUGGUAUGUGGACAGCUACAUUAACCAAGUUGGAAUUACAGCCAGAGGCAACAGUCAACAAGCAAAAAAUAGCACUGUACUUUGUCUUGGAUCAUGAAAUUGUGCCAAAGAUGUCCUAGACAAGUGACAGUUUGUACAACUGUGGAGUGAGCAAAGAGGGUUACCAGCUGAUCAAGGACACUAACCAGAGUUAGCAUGAGCUGGCUGCUAUUAUGACAGAAGUGCUGCUAGUGGCAUUCAAUAGUAUAUCUCCGUAGCCUCACCUGUACGACGUCCCUUCUUGGUCAGACAUGGCGUGCUGCACCUGCAAAGGAGAAUGAAGAGACAUGGUAAAUUUUAUUUGUGCUAGUACUGCACAGGGCAGUUUGCUGUGGCCGGAUCAGUUGUCAGGAAGAAUGAAGACAUCAGUAGUCAGCAUGGAUCGCAAGACAAGACCUGCAACCAAUAAUUUACCACAAUUCAGGCAUUUGACCUGCCCAUGGACGUGAUGACAAGUAGUGUUCAAGUGUGAAUGGAGUUGUAUACCCAAAAGCAUCAUCCUAAUAGUCACUGGACUCUUCUCAGCAAGGUGCUAAGGUGGAAUAAGGUGUGAUAAUGGAGCCAGUUGAAUGCAGAGCGGUCAUCAGGUUCCUGUACUUGAGAAGCUGCACACCAAAGGAGACUUUCGAUGAGAUGAAAGAUACUUAUAGGGAGGAUGGCUCAUCGUAUGACAAGGCUCAUCGUAUGACGUUGUCAAGUGCUGGCAUUGUCAGUUCAAGUGUGGUCGGACAUUGGUGGAAACGGCUCCCAUUCCUGGGUGACCACAGUCCACCAUUGAUGAAGACACCAUCCGGCAAGUGGAGGCUGCCAUUUUGGAGGAUCACCACAUAACCAUUCACCAACUAGCCCAAGAUGUCAAGAUCAGUGUGGGGUCUGUGGAUAAAAUCAUACAUAACCAUUUGCACAUGUGGAAGUUGUCUGCAUGAUGGGUUCCAAGGUUGCUGGAAUGAGUCCAGUGCUCCCAGGCUCUUUUGACCAUGUGCCAAGAAAACCAGGAGGAGUUCUUCGACAGACUAAUCACGCACGAUGAAACCUGGAUCCAUCACUAUUAUCCAGAGACCAAAGCCCAGUCAAAGCAGUGGAAGCAUUAUGACUCACCACCUCCAAAGAAGGCACGUGUCCAACCCUCGGUGGGCAAGGUCAUGCUCACAGUCUUUUGGGACCAGCGCAGAGUAGUGAUGGAUUUCCUGGCAAAGGGUACCACAAUUACUGGGACGUACUAUGCUUCACUGUUGCAGAAAUUGUGGGAAGCCAUCAAAACCAAGAGACGACAAAAGGGGUCCGCCUCCUGCAAGACAACAUCCUGGUUUACAAUGUGCAUGUUGGCCAGACAAAAGCACGGUCCUGCGGCUAUGAAAUUCUUCCUCACGCCCCUUACUCUCCUGACCUUGCACCAUCUGACUUCCACCUUUUUCCAAUCAUGAAGUUAUUUUUGAAGGGCAAGCUCUUCUUAGACAAUGAAACACUUCUUUCUGAGGUCAAGUCGUGGCUUCUGACGCAACCUGCAGACUUCUAGAGGCAAUGUUUUCACAGCUGCAUAAAGCAAUAGAAGUGUGUCACUCUUGGUGGUACCUAUGUAGAGAAAGAAUAACAACUCUGCCAAGUUUCAUUUCACUCAGUCCAUGGGAAGUGGGUCAGGGGAAAUCUUUAAUGAAUACCCCUCAUGUAUAUAUAUUAUUUUGAUAUUCACUUAUAAAAUCAUUUUUAUAUGUUUAUUGUUAUUUUAGUGUUUUGCUGUUUCUGAUAUUUUUUAAUGGCUGAUGUAAACUUGAGUAAAACAACCUAUGGCGAGUUUUAUUUUUCUAUAUAAUAUUUCAUGAAAAACUGACAUAUCUUAGAAAAUUAAACUUGAAAUGACUAAAGCUGAGGUAUUACUAUAUAUAUAGACUAUAUAUAUGAUGGAAGGGGUGACAGGCUACAUGAGUCUUUGCUGAUGAUGAUAAGAUUAUGAGAAAAGUAACAAAUGAAGAAGACUGUGAAGCUCUGAAUGGAGACAAUUAAGAUAAGAAUGGUCAAUGAGGUGGAACAUGGAAUUUAAUUCCAAGAAAUGUCGUGUGAUGAAGUUUGGAAAAAAGUAUGAGAGAAACAGAAGGCAACUACAGUAAAACCUCCCUAAAUUGAACCGGAAUAAGUCAAAUAUCAGAUAAUCAGAAUGCCCUUAUUAACCUCCUCAGCCAGUCUGCCCAGCUCCACUCCAUUCCCAAUCACGCCAGAGCCACCAGCCAUCUUUGACUCAGACUGAGUGACAAGCAAAAGUAUACGAGUAGUACAGUGCAUAAUGUUAUGUUAGCUCUUAUGUGGCCAAUGUGUUGUGUACAGUUAGGUGAACUCUUAAGUGACCAGUUAGUGCAAUGUGUAUAGUGUGUAAUAACAAAAUAUGCUGUAAAUAUCUAUCUUAGGGCUUAUGAUGCGCUAACAAAUAUACUGUAAAUAACAAUAAACGUACAUGCAUGUGCACAUAGAAACCAGCCAAAAACGUGUAUAAUCAGAUAAACUGAACUUUCAGAUAAA